GUUGAUCAGCAGCAAAUGUUGCUUAUACUAAAAGCCAGUGUGGCUAUUGUUCAACUCUGCUAAAUGUUAGUUUUAUUCGUUAAGAGGCUUAAGGAUGCUUGGGACCUUAAUCUAUGCUGAUUAAUAUAAAGAAGAAUAGAAAAUUAUAGAAGGGGUUUUCCUGUUUGUAUUUCACAAAAAAAGAAAAAAAUUCUUGUUUGUAAUCUUAUUUUGUGGCCUUUUUGGUAUAACACAUAUUUUCUUUCAAUGAUGAUAAAUCAUUUCAUAUGUAAUUUUAUUUUGUUGCCUUUUGGUAUAACACAUUUUUUUUUUUCAAUGAUGGUAAAUUUUGUCAUUUCACAUGUGUACUAUAAAAAGGUGUAAAGAUAAUAAUAAUGUAAUGAUAAGUCAAUUUUAAUUGUCAAAAUCUUUGUAGAUAAGAAUUGGUGAUUCCAAACUCAGGAGUGAGUUUUCAUAAUUAAAUAGAUCUAAGAAGUCCCUAUCAUUGUAGUUAAAUAUUAUACGUUUUGGUAUAUUGAUGGUUGACACCUUCUUGACCAUGUAUCAAUGCAUUUGCUUUAUAUUGUUAUCCGUAAACGAAAGGGAUGAAAGACAUGAAAAAUAAGAAAUACACUAUUCAUAUAUGGUGAAUAUCAUGAGAGAUACCUGAUUAAGAUUGAACAUAAUUCAAAAUUUUUGAGUUCGGGUGGCAUGCUCUAUAAAUAAUUUAUAAAUUAAUUGGAAAAUAAUAUUAUUAUUUAUAAAUAAUUGUAUUUUAGAAUAUUUCAAAAUGAUUUUGUGUCUAAUUAGAUGGACUAGGAGGGAGACAAUCAUUAUAUCUAUGCCAUGGUUCAUCAUGAUACUGUUAAAAAGGGGAUUAAAAUGCUUUUGCAUCCAAUCAGUGUUCUCCUUCUCUCUCUGCUCUUUCUAUAUUCUGAGUUAGGGUUUGAACCCUAGUGAGAAUAGAGUGAUUAUCCGUUGCCUAUUUCUCAUGUAAGAGUUGCUCUAGGCAUAGAAACAGCAGAAACAAAAUCAAAUGGCCAUAAGUAAUCUGAAGUUUUCCAUUGUAGACUAUCAUGCAACUUUAUGCCCCCUUGUAAUAGUUUAAAUCCCCUAAUGCUACAUGAGGUGAGAUUAGUGGAUUCAAAUUUUUAAUUUGGCACCCCCUUCAACCAGAAAAUAGAGAACAAAGAUCAACAAAUGGAGAUGAUAGGUCAGGAGUCGGGACAUAGAUGGAUGGUUCCCAAUGCAAGAGAUUUUGUCAAAAAAAGAAGUUAUGAACAGUCAACAGCACAGAGCCAACGUGGGGCAACGAUGUCGUGUGACAACGUGGCCGGAUCACACAUGAGCAAAUGAGACACUGAAAAUCUCUCGAUUACUCCAGAGUUUCCAACUCCCAACUUCUCACUCUUCCCAGAAGCUCUUGGAUACUUCUCCCACUCACCUCUUAAGAACUCUAUUUACGCUUCUUCUUCUUUCUCUCUCUCUCUCUCUCUCUCUCUCUCUCUAGCUGUUAUAGUUCUAUUUUUACUAAAGAAGAAAGCAAAUUAAGGAGAAAAAAUGGUUAUGGCUGGUCUGACUUUGAAGAAUUUGCAGCAGAGGGUAUCUUAUUCUUAUUUGUUGAAUCCACAGAUUGGUAACAGAGGGGUGGCUGCGCUACAACAGCAGCGUUGGGCCUCUGGAUUACUAAGGAGUCUAUCAACUGCAACGUCUGAAAUGGUAUCCAAUGAGAAAUCAUCCCAAGGCCAAGAAGUCCCGGUCACCGAAGGAAGUAGCAAGAAAUUCAAGCUCUUCCCUUCCAGACCCAGAAGGCCUCUAUGGAGGAACGACAACCAUGAUCUCACUCCCUUCUCUCGUCAUGAGUUGUUCCCGUCGAGGCUGGGGAAUGCACUAGUACAGGCAAAAGAGAGACUGAACAGGUUAAUAGAGAAGUUGUCACCUUCUCGCCUCAUAGGAAGACUGAAGAAGGACGAUGAAGCCUACAAAUUGCGAUACGAAGUGCCAGGGCUGGCCAAGGAGGACUUGAAAAUCACCAUUGUUGAUGGGUUCUUGACAAUCGUUGGAGAGCGAAAGGAAGAAGAAGAUGAAGAGGAUUGGUCGCCCACAAGUUACGGGUUUUACAAUGCUAUCCUUCUCUUGCCUGAUGAUGCCAAGGUCGAUGAAAUUGUGGCUGAAAUGAAAGAUGGUGUGCUAAUCAUUAUCAUACCCAGAGCAGAGAAGCCAAGGAAGGAAGUGAAAGAAGUGAAAAUUCAGUAAUUGCCUUACUUUGUGUGGUGGUGCUCAAUCUUAAGGGGUUGGUAUACCUUAAAUAUGUAGUGGUUCUUGUUUUUUUUUUCCUUUUGAUAUUGAGUCACUAGAAGCCUGAUUGUGUGAUGAUGAGCUGCAAUGGACUAUAAACAUAUUGGUCUCUGUACAUACGUCCCACUCCCCCUGAAAUAAUAAGCUUCAAAGACACUGUGUAGGCA